GCUUCUUCUCUUCUCCGCCUUGCCGCAGCGCCAAGAAACCAAGAACCCACCCAUCAUCAUCCCCACCUCUCCUUCCCCGCGCGCCUCUGCUCUCCAGCGUCACCGGCGACCGAUGGAGCAGUUCCAUCACGGCCACCACGUGCGGCUGCGCUGCCGCGUGCACGGCACCUUCGGCUCGUACCUGCACGCCGUCGGGGACGGGCAUGGCGUCUCCCUCCACCACUCCGGGGCGUCUAUGAACGAGGCUUGGGCGGUGCACCGGCACCCGGGCCAGAACGGACAGUACCUGCUCCUCCACAGCGCCGCCUACGGCCGCUACCUCGCCGCCACGGACGUGCCGGCGCCGCCCGGCCACCGCGGGCUCCGCGUCGAGCAGCGCAACUACAACCAUCCUGAAGUGGAUGCAUUGGUUUGGCAGGCCAUCCUCUCGGAAUCCGGGGAAGAGGUCUACCUCCGCCACAUCGGCGGCGCCUGCCUCCGCGCCAACGGGAGGUUCGGGAACAGCGACGCCACCGUCGACUACGUGGACGACCUCGACAGCAUCAGCAUCACCAGGCGAUGCUCUGGGUCGUGGAGCCCAUCCCCGCCAGGGAGAUCAUGCCUCGCCUUCCACGCCCGGCUUGGCUUCCCGGCCAUCAGCUCGUUCGGGUGAUCAAGUACGUGUUGCGGAACGACCACGGGGCCCUCGUCGCCGGCGGCUCGUUCGUGUUCAGGGGGAGGUCCGUGUUCCGCCUGAGGACGCAGCUGGCCAUACACAUCGGGGUGUGAUUAAGAGCUAGCACUUGCACUUAGCACACAGGGUUAAGAGCUAGCAAAGGGAGGGGAAGAAGAAAUGCAGUGUGCGUCGGACCAUGGCGACUGCGGUGGAUAGUGGCUGUGGCGCCGUGUCCGACAUGACGAGCAUGGAAUCGUCGACGAGCGACCCCGUCGGCGGCACGGCGAGCGACACCGUCGACGAACUAGUUGCAGUGCUCGCGCAAAGACAGUCGACAGAGGAGGAGAAUGCAGUGCUCGCGCCAUCCUGAACCGGAGCACAGCGUCGGCGA